AUGUAUGACGGCGCGUGGACAUAUGACGGGGAAAGCUCGAACGAAAAUCGAGUGAGGAUUAAAGCUAAGGCCACCUUUGUCUCCAUAUGGGUGAAAUUAUUGGCGAUGCAGUUGCGCGGACCCCAGCUAAAAGGGAAAUACGAAAGUCGAUUUUUGGUUGCUUUAGCGACCCCUUCAGAAAACCGUUCGGGUUUGAAUUCCUUGACGUCCCGGCCCCAGAGUUCCGGGUCGUGGUGGAUCAAUAUCACGGGCAAGAGGAGGUGGACUCCCGCCGGGAGAGUGAUUCCCGCCAACUUUGUUUUCCGGUGGAUCGUUCGGUUGAAUAUUACUGCCGGAAAAGAAAAAUCCGUAAAAUGUACGAUUAGAUCUUACUAUUUUGAGUCGACUCAAUCCUUCAAAAUCAGGCUCAUCAUGUCCGAAAACCCGAAAAACCUCUUCUCGUGCGCGUUCUUGCCAGUCUUGGUGAAUGGCCAACAUAAGCAUUGUCCAAAGCAAAAGUACGCAUUGAAAUGA